AAGAGCAGGGAUAGAGGUUCACCUCUUGUUAGAAGGCUGACUGCAAGAUGAGCUCCGCGCCAGUGUUUUUGAGCGCAGAGGAAGUUCAGGGCCACCUCCGCAGCUCCAGCCUCCUCAUCCCGCCUCUGGAGGCCGCUCUGGCCAACUUCUCCAGCGGACCGGAAGGAGGGGUCAUGCAACCCGUGCGCACCGUGGUACCGGUGGUAAAGCACAGAGGUUUCCUGGGGGUCAUGCCUGCCUACAGUGCUGCAGAGGACGCUUUGACCACCAAGUUGGUCACCUUCUAUGAGGGCCACAGCACCACCUCCACUAUCCCCUCCCACCAAGCCACCGUGCUACUCUUUGAGCCAAGCAAUGGCUCCCUUCUGGCGGUCAUGGAUGGAAAUGUUAUAACUGCAAAGAGAACAGCUGCAGUAUCUGCCAUUGCCACCAAGUUUUUGAAACCGCCCAACUGUGAAGUGCUGUGUAUCCUUGGGGCUGGGGUCCAGGCCUACAGCCAUUAUGAGGUCUUCACAGAGCAGUUCUCCUUCAAGGAGGUGAGGAUAUGGAACCGCACCAAAGAAAAUGCCGAGAAGUUUGCGGACGCAGUGCAAGGAGAGGUACAGGUCUAUUCAUCAGUCCAGGAGGCUGUGACAGGUGCAGAUGUGAUCAUCACAGCCACCAUGGCAACAGAGCCCAUUUUGUUUGGUGAAUGGGUGAAGGCAGGGGCUCACAUCAAUGCCAUCGGAGCUAGCAGGCCUGACUGGAGGGAGUUGGAUGAUCAACUGAUGAAACAGGCCAUGCUGUAUGUGGAUUCCCGGGAGGCGGCCCUCAGAGAAUCUGGAGACAUCCUCCUGUCUGGGGCCACGAUCUUCGCUGAGCUGGGAGAAGUGGUAAAGGCAACGAAGCCAGCCCACUGUGAGAAGACCACAGUGUUCAAGUCUUUGGGAAUGGCGGUGGAAGACACGGUUGCAGCCAAAUUAGUGUAUGAUUCCUGGUCAUCUGGUAAAUAAAAUGAAGCAAUGUUUUGUUGAGGUGGAUGCUGCAGCUCAAGAGGUGUUGCCUCCAAUUGUCUCAUAAUUUCUAGAUCAAAUGAUGGAACCCAGUGCCCAGUGAGCUAUAGUUUUGUGCUCAUGAUGUCUUAUCUUAAAUAAUGAGAUCUCCAUUUGUGUUUAUAGUUAGCGAAAUUAGGUGGCCAUCCCUCCUGCUAUGCCACAUUACAGCAGUACUCCCUUUUCCAGGUAUUUCACUAGCUUUUGUAAUUCCUGGAAAUAAAGCAAUU